AUGGAAAGCAAUGAUGUCGUACCUCACGGCUGCUCAUUGACCAUUUGCGCACUGCGCGAUGGUUGCAAGGGAUGCGACCAGUGUGACGAAAGCAACAGCUGGGAACCGCUACGUAAUGAACAUGUUGGGCUAUUGGAGACGUUCCAUCUACAUCAGCUCUGUGACUGGAAGAGUGACACUGACUUCAUGAAUGACUCGCUCGUUGUUGACCUUCACCGCAAAAUUGAGCAAGCCCAUGCUCAACUUAAGGGAACCGUCACGGCUCGUCAUGUAGGAGCCACCGCCUCCGCCGCCGCUGGGACUACCACGAACGGCAAUGUGGCAAGCAAUGGGGAUAUUGCUCUACAGGUUGGAAUGGACAUAAGCAAUUGCCUUCGAGAAAUCCUUGAGACUCUACAGCGUCGUAGCUCCUCCUGUGGCACCAUUCCCGCCAACCCAGAAGAAGAAGAGGAACCUAUUGAUGACCCCAAUUCGGACAAAAGACGGACUGCGCCCGAUGUAGAUGGCAGUGGACAGACCGAGACUGGAGGAAAGGAGCCUAGGACCAAGUAG